AUGCUCAGUCCAUCUUCAACCCCCAGAGAAGCCCAGUGUCGGAACUGUCAAAAAAGAGGAGGCGACUGUGAUCGGUCCUCGGCCAGAGAUGAGAUCUUGACAGUCCCGCGCGCGGCGAGGGAGAUAGAGCGCUUGACGAAGAGGGUAAGGGAGUUGGAGGCGCAGGUAGAAGCGCAGAAGCUGCAGAAUCCGGCUGCCGCUGAGCAGCCGACCAGUCAGCAACCUACGCCGCAUAAUGCGUCCCUAGACCCGCUACAAGGCCAUGGAGGAGCCAGACUGCGCUGGGAAGGUGUACAUACUAGGAGUGCCAAGCUGGACCAAACGCAUUUAUACCUCGGCUCGGUCUUUGGUCAGCCCACUUCGGAGUAUUACAUGCAGCCGAACUCGGCGAGCAGGUCCUUCGCGAGCCCGAGCAGCGCCCAUCCAGAUAAAGCGUCGGCGCUCCGCGAAUCCGGGCAGGCGAUCGAUGACCUGCCCGAGGACCCGACAGGGGACUAUCUGACCGAGAUCCAAGAAGAUUACUUUCCCAGCCUUUACUGGCACUCGUAUCAUUGCACGUAUCAGAUCCUGGACGAGACGGAGUUCCGUCAACACUAUCGGUCGUUGCGGUCGGGGUCUGGCCCUCGAAGGCCAUCUGCUCUGGUCGAUAUAGUACUCGCCCUGUGCAUGCAGUAUGGCGUCUCGUUCCUUUCGCGAAGCGAGACCGAUGGAUUCAAAACGGACGUGGAUAGCACUGAUGCCACUAUCGCCGGGAGGGCACUUUACCGCCGGUCUCAAACAUUGUUGAAGAACGAACAGGAGAGUCCAUCCAUCGUCACCCUUCAGUGUCAUAUGUUCACGGUCGUUUAUAUAUGCAACGCCUCGUUCCAGAACAUGGCGCAUAAUCUACUCGCUCUUGCAGUGCGCACGGCUCAAAUCCUGGGCUUGCACCUGGAACCCCCGGAGGAUCUCCCUCGACAGUAG